CUUUGGUUACAUUUUUGUUCCUCAGGCUCAGAGUUCAGAAAAUGGGGAGCAUUCCACUUCCCUCGUUGUCACUACUAAUUUCCAGUUCCAGCUCCUCCAUUUUUGGAAGAUCAUCAACGUUUUCCUAUCCUCCCGGGCGAUUCAGAAAGGCGGAAGCACUAUCCGUUUCCUGCGAUUACUCCUGUUUUGAAAUAAGGGAUGUCUCUUAUCGACCUCCAGGAACCAAGAUCGAUCUAUUGAGUCAAGUCAACCUUUCCAUCCCUGAAAAAAGUUUUGGCUUGAUAUUUGGACGGAGUGGCAGUGGAAAAACUACUCUAUUGCAGCUGAUUGCAGGGUUAAGCAAACCAACGUCAGGUUCCAUAUAUGUGCAAAGAUAUAGUGAUGAUGAUGAACAAAUUAAGUCUCCUGAACCCUUACAACCUGAAAGAGUUGGCAUUGUUUUCCAAUUUCCUGAGAGAUACUUUGUUGCCGACACUGUUCUUGAUGAAGUUACAUUUGGGUGGCCAAGACAAAAGGGUGGCCUACAAUUAAGAGAGCUUCUUGCUUCUAGACUUCAAAAGGCCAUUAUGUCGGUUGGUCUAACAGGAAUAUCCUUGGAUAAGGAUCCCCAUUCAUUAAGUGGUGGCUACAAACGUCGGCUAGCCCUUGCUAUUCAGUUAGUCCAAACACCAGAUUUAUUAAUAUUGGAUGAGCCUCUUGCCGGUCUUGAUUGGAAGGCUCGUGCAGAUGUGGCAAAAUUGUUAAAGGAUCUAAAGAAGGAGCUAACUUUACUUGUUGUCAGCCAUGACCUCAAGGAGUUGGCAUCUUUGGUAGAUCAAUCUUGGAGGAUGGAAAUGGGAGGAGCACUUAAAAGAGAGCCACUACCCAUUUAAUACUCAGAACUUAUAAUGUUCCCAAUAAUCAUUUUCUGAUGUAAUAAAUGAGGUUUUUAUGAGACGUGAAUUACAUACAAUUCUUGGAGAGGUGCUCAAGGUUAUUGAUUUUACUUCAAUCCCUGACUAUUGAGAUCUUCACAUUUCAUGUAACCUCUUAAAUGUAAUUAACAGUUUCUGUAAUGAGUUUUGAGAUAGUUUCUAACUUUCUAUA